GUGCCUGUUAGCGCAGGCUGCGGUGUAAAGAUGGCUAAGUCUAAGAACCAUACCACCCACAACCAGUCAAGAAAGUGGCACAGAAAUGGCAUCAAGAAACCUAGGUCACAGAGAUACGAGUCUCUGAAAGGGGUUGACCCCAAGUUUCUGAGAAACAUGCGCUUUGCAAAGAAACACAACAAGAAGGGACUAAAGAAGAUGCAGGCCAACAAUGCCAAAGCCAUCAAGGCCCGAGCAGAAGCCAUCAAAGCCCUGAGCACCAAGGUCUCCAAGGCCAAGCUCCUCAGGCACAAGAUGCCCAAGAUCCCCAAGGCCGGUGCCCGGCGUGCUGGCCUCAAGAUGGCCACCAAGCGUCCAGGCCCUAGGGUAGGCAUCAAACGCCCAGGCCCCAAGAUCACAAAGCCUGCCUCUAAGGUUGCCAGGACCACUGACCCCAAGGCUGCCAAGUCUGCCGACAAGGUCAGUAAAUCUGAUCCCAAGGCUGCCAAGUCCGGCCCCAAGGCUGCCAAGUCCGGCCCCAAGGCUGCCAAGUCCGGCCCCAAGGCAGCCAAAUUCGGCCCCAAGGCAGCCAAGUCCGGCCCCAAGGCAGCCAAGUCCGAUCCCAAGGCUGCUAAGCCCGAUCCCAAGGCUGCUAAGCCUGCUGAGUCCAAACCCAAAGAUGCUGAGGCUCAAGCUGCAAGUCCCAAGCCUUCAAAAUAGAUGCUUCAUUCAGGACAGAAGGACUUGUUUAAACCCUCAAAACACCCAUUUUUCUCAACUUGUAUGGUUAUUCACUGUUUUGUACAAAUAAAGGAAAUGGUGAGUCAUCAAAAAAAAAA